CCAACUAUUGCCCUGUGGGACAAAACAGUAAAAAAUCCAAAUUUCUCAGCUCUUUAAUGGAGAGACUGUUAGAAAACGAGAUCCACAAGAGCCACGGUGGGAUCUCUCUUUUGACUCUUUCGACUUUUGUCCCAAGUUCAAUCUGACACCUUGUAGAUUCACAUACGCUACAGUUAGUCUAUGUCUCCAUACGACAGUCGUGAGCAUGUUAGAGUGUCUCACUUGCAUGCAUUUCUCUGUGCGGUACGUCACUGUCAAGAGCAAACAUUGUGAACAUUGUCUCAAACGCUCCAUCGACUCGGGCAGAACGAUCUCAGAAUUGCAAAACUAAGUUCCAAGCUGCGUCCUCCUCUUCGAAUGCUCAAAUCUCCCAAACGUAAAGUUGGGGAACACAUUAUGUGGACAGCAAAUUCAGAGCAGAUGCUAGAGUAGAGUAGACCUGCCAACUGCGUAAGACCCUUGACAAAUGUUGGUCUCCAGAGUCCUCCGACCCCACAGAGGUGAUGCUGCACAUUCCAAAAACAAGUAAAACCAUUUGCUGGGAGGCGGGACAGUAAGGAGGAUACGAUAUGUGCAUACUGUAUGGAGUCGUAGAAUCUUCCUGUCGGUGAGGAUUUGAACACUUGAUGGACUAUGAGGACAGCUGUUGGAAAUGCGUAAGAGUUAAUGCAUCGACAGCAUACAUACAUACAGUACGAAGGUGCCAAACAAUCUCUCUCUCGUGAUGAACGAGGUGAACAGCACGCACUCAUUCACGUACAGGAUGAAGGCGAAGGUGUCGUGGACUUGCGAGCUCUAACGUGGACCGGAUCGGACCGGCAGUUGUCACUCCAUCGCCCACCAACGGUCGAAUUACAGGAAAAACCAGAUGCUGAGGGCCGCCGUGAAGUGCAUGCUCCGGCUGUGAGCUCGGCUCGACGGUGACGUGAGAGGAAAAGGCAUUCAUGCGGUCGCGUCAGUAGUAGCCAUGCAGAUUGUGAUUGGCGCAGUACGAGUACAAACGAAAGGACGGGACAAUCGGACAUGCAGGCUCGCCGAGCAGAAGAGUUGGGUGGAGAUUGGAGUCCCUCGUAAAUGAUCAAGUGUUCUCGCCUGCUUGCACCUGAAAUCCUCAAUCCACGUCAAACGGAGACCAAACCGUCUCUGUCGUUUGUCUUUGGACUGAGGAGCUCAAUAAUGCCGUGUACAGCAAUGGGGCCCAUGAUUAUAUCUCUUGUAUUGCAGUUUUCUGCUUUCAGGGGUGCCAUGCAGUCGAUCUAAUAUCUGCCAGAGACCCGUAGUUUCGGUUCGAGUGUUUGUCUAGUUGAGACAGAGCGAGUACUUCUCAAAUCCUGCACUUCUCCCAGACCUUGCGUGUAGUGGUGACAGAGUGAGCCGAAUUGAUCAUUUUCUGAGUUUAUCAAUGAGGAGAGUUGAAGGGGCCUCUUGCUUGGCAGAGCAUUGCAGAAGAUCAACGGAAAUGUCCACCCCCAUCCCCUUAGGACGAGAGUGAAGAGGCAAACAAGAGUCUGAGCAGAUUCAAGUGGUGGGUUAUUCCAGUUCUUGUCGUGGUCCACCGCGCAAGUCCAUUUUCUGUCGUCUAUGUCCAUAUCGUCCACGUGUCGUACACGAACGGUCAGUCCGAUGCAAGCAGUCUUCAGCGUAGACAAUCCAGCUGAUGUUAGGUGAUUGAGUUUCUUGAACAAACAAAUUUCAGAAACUAGUUUCCGGGGUUGAUAUGAAAAAUGGCACUUUUCAGCAGUCUGUUCAAUCCGGAGGCAGUUUUUACUCUCGCCUCGUCAGCUAAAAUCUCAACUCUAAGUGGAUACCUUGAGAAAGCCUGGCUCUUGGUUGAAAACAAUUUGAACAAAAUGAAGCGAUAUCCCACCGGGCCGGUUCCCUGUCGUGACGACCCCUCUUGCGAUGUGCGUAUAACCAGCAUGCUCCAACCAGGACCGAUAAGUAUCUUCGCAUUAUGGGGUUUAGUGAUAGUAUCCUGCAGCACCUUCCAGGUUUUAAAACUGCUGGCCUCGAGAAGGAAACCCGUGAAGCCAAUCAUUUAUCACGGGACGAAACCUUUGAGUACAGAGGAAGUUCAAAGACCCCCUAAUACGAAUUCAGUGACAAGAGAAGCAGGUUUAAGUGAGUGCGACAUACGUUUGAACGUAGAAGGGCAAGCAGAACUGCGUUUCACGGGCUAUAAAACAACAGUUUUCGGAGAAUGGUGUUACCUUCUCUGUUGCCUGGUAUCCUUACACUGGAUGGCAAUCUUUGUACUUAUAUUGGUGGACACCUACAAUGGCUGUCAAGUUGGUGGGAUUGACAACUUGUGUUUCUUCGGUAACAACUUUAUUUUCGGUACAUACGAGUUGAACGGAAAGAUCUUUUUUACAGUUUGGUGGCUAGCGGUAUUCUGGUAUACAACGUGGGUACUGAAUAAAGGAAGAGUUCACAAUUGGUUCAGAACGCCAUGUCCUUUUGAUAAGGCAUCAGUAGUCUACAUUUGGGCAAAGGAUGAGAAGCAAAUACUCUCUGUCAACGUGUUCAGCAUCGUCCACUUCCUGCGUAACGUAAAGAGGCAGUUUAUUUCGCCAAAUACAAGGGGGCAUUUCGAUUGCGUGAAAAUCGAAUCUACUAAAGCUGGACAGCGGUUUAUUAUUUAUCAAGGUCAGAGGUUUAAUAUCUAUGGCAACUGCAUCGAUCGUGCCGAGUUUAAAGUUGGUUGUACUCUAAACCAGUAUCAUCAGGGAGUAGAAGGUUUGAGUAAGCACGAAGCUGAGGAGCGUCUUGAACAAGUUGGCUUGAAUGAAAUUCCAUUCAGGCCUGAACCGCUGCUUUAUAUUAUCAUCGAUGAGCUCUUUUCACUCUUUCAUGUGUAUCAGCUUCUUAUGUACAUCCUUCAGUUUUGGAACAGCUAUCUGUUUGUGGCAGCUCUGAUGACCUUUAUUGUUCUGAUAAGUGCAUCCAUCACCAUUUUCACCCGCCGUCACAGUCAGAUUGCAAUUUCAAAGAUCACAGAGUAUAUCACCGACGCUGUAGUCAUGCGCAAGGGCAGGUGGACCGAGAUUGAUUCACGUAAGCUUGUACCUGGAGAUCUUCUGAAGAUCAGAAGUGAUUGGCUACUGCCGUGCGACUUGCUAAUACUUCAAGGUUCCUGCAUAUGUGACGAAAGCGCUUUAACGGGAGAAUCAAUGCCUGUGCAAAAGUAUGCGGCACCAGAUUCUUUGGAAGAAUAUCUGCCAGAAGCUCGCCAUGGCUCACACACGCUCUUUUCUGGCACUACUGUUCUUCAAGCUGGAGUAGAAAUUGAGGAUGAUGUCCUCGCUAUUGUUACUACUACAGGGAUGAAGACCUCUAAAGGACAGUUAAUUUCAAGCAUCUUGUAUCCAGAAAAGAUGCUUUUCAAGUACGAUGAGGAGCUACCUUUAGUUGUGACUUUGCUAGUCAUCUAUGGGAUGGUGUGUUUUGCUAUAUCACUUUAUUUUCAGACUCAAACAGGUGCACAGAGCUUCUGGGUUACUAAGUGGAUCUACUGCAUGGCUAUCUUAAGCCAGAUUCUAUCUCCUCUACUUCCAGUGGCUCUUGAAAUCGGACAGCUGCAAGCAGUUGAACGACUAAAGGGACGAAAAAUCUUCUGUCUAAAUCCCAAGCGCAUCGCAAUUGCCGGGAAGAUACGUGUUUUUUGUUUUGAUAAAACAGGAACAUUGACCAAGGAAGGUCUGGAUUUUACUGGCGUCCAGAGUGUGAUAGUGGACACCGAUGGUAAUGGCCUUUCUUUUGGACCCUUACAGACACUGGAGAAGGAAAAUGCAGUAGAUGCCGUUGUUUCAAUGGGACUUGCCACCUGCCACGCCGUGACUAAAUUUGGAGAUCGAUUAGUCGGGAAUCAGGUCGAGGUGAAAAUGUUUGCAUCGGUUGGCUGGAGGCUUCUAGAAAGCCCUGAUAAUUUGCCCUCCGUCAGUAGACCUGAUGGUACGGACGUAUUAACAAUUGUUAAACGCAAUGACUUUGAUCAUGCACGAGCAACCAUGAGUGUCAUCGUACAAGACAGUGAGAAGAGGCACCAUAUCUUUUGCAAGGGUUCGUUUGAGAGGAUACAUGAUCUGAGCUCUCCAGGAAGUCUUCCAGGAAAUUAUGCGGAAGUUUCUGAAAAUCAUGCUCUUGAUGGUUGCUACGUGCUGGGCUUGGCACACAGAAUGUUACCUGAAGGAACGUCUCUGGAGGACGUUUUGGCACUUUCCCGGGACGAAGUAGAACAAAGUUUGGAUUUCCUGGCUUUGAUCUUGUUUCGCAAUGAGUUGAAACCGGAGAGCCUUCAUGCAAUCCAAGACUUGAAGCAAGGAGAGGUUCGACCGUUGAUGGUGACUGGGGAUAAUGCUCAAUGCGGCUAUUACAUUGCGAAAGAGUGUGGAAUGGUGGCACCCUACGUAUCGGUCAUGUUGGGUGAUGUGUGUAAAGAUGGAAGCGUCGGUUGGACAUUAUUCAGCUCCCAGAAGAAUUCCACUGUUUUUAGCACAGAAGAUUUGCUGAAAAUCCAUCUGAAAGGUAUCGAAGGAGGAGUCAUGGAGCUUGCAGUAACAGGAAGAGCAUUUGAAGUGUUGAGAACAUCAAAUUUGAUGGAAAAAUUACUGUUUUACACCCGAAUUUUUGCUCGAUUCAAACCUGAAGACAAGGUGAAAGUAAUUGACAUGCACAGAGCAUGUGGUUUAAUUGUGGGUAUGUGCGGAGAUGGUGGCAAUGAUUGUGGAGCUUUAAGAGCAGCUCAUGCAGGCAUUGCCCUGAGUGAAGCUGAAGCAUCUGUAGUUUCUCCAUUCACAUCGAAAGACAAAUCCGUAGCAUCUGUUGUUGACCUCCUACGAGAAGGACGUGGUGCUCUACACACGUCCUUUGCUUGCUACAAGUUCCUCAUUAUGUAUGGUCUGAUGUUUUCCAUCCUCAAGCUCUGUUGCUACUGGUAUGGAAUCAUCCCCUGUCAGAUGGACUACGUCUUUAUCGAUGGAGUGGCGGUUCUCAGUCUUGGCUAUGCUAUGACUCUUAGCUAUCCCGAACGAAAACUUGGAAAGAUGCGGCCGACCUCAAGCUUAAUCGGUGCAAUGAAUACUGGAUCUAUACUCGGAGUUUGGAUUAUCAACAUAGUUUUCAUGAUUGGCGCUCUUUUGUUGAUGAACAGGGAACCGGGUUAUGUUAAGUGGCCAGCUAAGUAUUCACAUGGUGCCGAUUGGUGGACCUUGGGAGAUAACUGGGAAUCGACAGUUUUGUUCUUCACAAUGUACUUUCAGUACAUAACAUCAGCUUUCGUAUUCUCAUUUGGUGCAUCUUUUCGACGGAACGUUCUUUUCAAUUGGUUUCUAACUGUGACAUAUUGGGGCCUGGUGGUCUUUAUGUCGUUUCUUCUACUUCUGCCUCACAGUGGCUUCACAGAAUUAUGGCAUGUCUCUAGCGAGCAGUUCAAUUCACCAAAUCCUAUUUCACCUGUUUGGAGCAUGUAUCAGACAAACGGAGGUCACCCUUCACCAGAAAUGUCUUUCAGUUUCAGAUUCCGGUUAUGGUGGCUGAUAGUAGCGAACAUCUGCACAAAUGUGAUCUGGCAAAAGGUGGUUGCUGAGGGCCCAGUAGCCAAGUAUGUGGCUAAGACGUGCCCAUCGAUCCGACCCAGGUUCCACCUAUGAAGUUUUGUAGCUUUUUCAAUUCGAGCAUUUCUACAAACAAUGUACAUUGACUGUGCUACACGUGGACCCCACAGCAAGAUCGACGAUGGAUCCAUUUAGAUUAGAAUUUUGUUACUCAAUGGUUAAAGCUCAACUGUAGUUUCUUGUGGAGCAGUAGGAGGUAAGUUCCAUAUAGUUGGUUGGAAGGAAACAUAUGUACAUAUUGUUGAGUGGAAGGAAACAAUCUACGGGCUAGAGUAGUCACCAACUGGGGUACGAGUUGGAAAAAAUCGAGAUAUACUUAUACAUCCUCCUGAAGGGAGUGGCCAGCACAAAUCCAAUUGUGUAAAGCCGGAUAUCAUAAGCUAAGUGAUAAUUGCGAUUCAGUGAGAAAAUUGAUUGCCUGUGAAGGCUGAAGAUGGUGAAAAUCUUUCGUGGCAGAAUGUUCUCAGCGAUGGGAUGAAGAUAUUCGAGAGUGCGACGACGGUUUUGAGGAAGUGAUACCAAAUGAUAAUGGUUAAUAGUGGCCUCUAACAAAUAUCCCCGGAGAUAUCACUUCAUGCUUUCCAGGCCCAUUGCGAUAUUUACACUAUCGAAUGCUGCUGGGACAAUAUUUCUAAGAUUCCUGACUUUACAUGCUGUAUCGUUUUAAAAACGGUAAACGAAUAUGCGUAGGAUCAUUGGCAAAUACAGGGGCAGGUUCAGGAGGCAGCGGUGAUAUGGGCAGGUCAAAGUCUUCAGGCCUCAACGUCCAGAGUUGUUUCCUCAGUUGGAUUGUCUGCAUAGCUUUGACAACUGGACAGUGCUUUGCAGCUUUCUUGGCGAUUU